AUGUUGUUCUUCGUUCUCCUGUUAAAGGUGACUUGGAUCCUGGCUGCAGAUGGGGGUCACCACUGGACAUAUGAAGGCCCGCAUGGUCAGGACCACUGGCCAACCUCUUACCCUGAGUGUGGCGGCAAUGCCCAGUCCCCCAUUGAUAUCCAGACAGACAGUGUGGUAUUUGACCCGGAUCUGCCUGCUGUACAGCCCCACGGAUACGACCAGCUUGAUACCGAGCCUUUGGAUCUACACAAUAAUGGCCACACAGUGCAGCUUUCCCUGCCCCCAACCCUGCGCCUGCGCGGACUGCCCCGACAGUACACCGCAGCCCAGCUCCACCUGCACUGGGGACAGAAGGGAUCCCUAGAGGGCUCAGAGCACCAGAUCGACAGCGAAGCCACAGCCGCAGAGCUCCACGUGGUCCAUUACGACUCGGAGUCCUACAGCAGCCUGAGUGAGGCCGCUCAGAAACCUCAGGGCCUGGCUGUCCUAGGCAUCCUAAUUGAGGUGGGUGAGACUGGGAACCCUGCGUAUGAUCACAUUCUGAGUCAUCUGCAAGAAAUAAGGUACAAAGGUCAGAAGACCUCCGUGCCUCCCUUCAAUGUGAGAGAGCUGUUCCCCCAACAGCUGGAGCAGUUCUUCCGCUACAACGGCUCACUCACCACUCCCCCCUGCUACCAGAGUGUACUCUGGACGGUCUUCAACAGAAGGGCCCAGAUCUCAGUGGAACAGUUAGAGAAGCUGCAGGAGGCGUUGUCCUCUACAGAAGAGGAUCCAUCUGAGCCCCUCGUACAGAACUGCCGAGCCCCCCAGCCUCUCAACCAGAGGACCGUCUUUGCUUCUUUCAUCCAAGUGGGACCGCUGUACACCACAGGAGAGAUGCUGGGCCUGGGCGUGGGGAUCUUGGCUGGGUGUCUCUGCCUCCUGCUGGCUGUUUAUCUCAUCGCUCAAAAAAUCAGGAAGAAGCGGCUUGGAAACAGGAAAAGCGUGGUUUUCACCUCUGCUAGGGCUACCACAGAGGCGUGA